AUAUAAUUCUAAUAAGUUUUUUCAUGUGUUUUGAGUGUGAGUUGUGCGUUAGGAAAUUUUUACAUGAUGAAGAAAUGAGAAGAUAUAUGGUUGUUAAAAAGUAGAUAACAACCACAAAAUAAAAUGCAUAUUUACACAUGAUUUUAAAGAAGAAUCUAUCAACAGAACAUUACCAAGCAUCUAGUUUGGAUGUAGUUGUUGAGAAUGUAAAGAGUGCCCAACUCUUUUAUAUAUAAAAAGAAAGGGGAAAAAAACAGGAAAAAACCUUCGAAAAGCCUCUUUGAGUCGUUCCUAUAUAUACACCAUGUUUGAUUUUUUGGUGUAUGCAAUGGAGCAAGGUGUUGAUAAGCAUGUUGAUUUGCAGAAUUCGUCUGCAAAGAGGUUGGUACCAAUGGCUACUUCAAUAGCCUCUCUUACUAAUGAUCUUUUCACUGCAUCAUGUUCGAUGAAUCUUAUAUACGUAAAUUCGAAAUGAAUACCUUUUUUUUUUUUUUGUAGGAUGAUUGGCAAAGUCGCAGUUGUAACUGGUGGUGCAAGAGGGAUUGGAGCUGCCACAGCUAAAUUAUUUGCUGAAAAUGGGGCCUAUGUUGUCAUUGCUGACAUAUUGGAUGAAGCUGGGACCAUGCUUGCUAACUCCAUCGGAGCUCGCUACAUUCAUUGUGAUGUAGCCAAAGAAAGUGAUGUCGAAUCAGCUAUCCAACUUGCCAUCACAUGGAAAGGCAAACUAGACAUACUGUUUAGCAAUGCUGGCAUUGGAGGCACUGCAAGCAGCAUAACCAGCCUUGACAUGGAACAAGUCAAACAUCUGGUCUCAAUCAAUCUGCUUGGCAAUGUACAUGCGAUCAAGCAUGCUGCACGAGCCAUGCUGAGAUGCAAUACAAAAGGUUCCAUCAUAUGUACAUCGAGUUCUGCAGGCAUCAUGGGAGGGCUAGCGUCUCACCCUUACUCAUUGUCGAAAGCCGGUAUUGUGGGACUGAUGAGAACCGCAGCAUGCGAGUUAGGUGUGCACGGGAUUCGUGUGAACUGCAUUUCUCCUCAUGGUGUACCUACAGAUAUGCUCAUUAGUGGUUAUAGAAUGUUCCGGGGGAAAGAAACAACACCUGAAGAGGUGAAGAAACUGGUCGGUGAUCAAGGGAGUCUAUUACGUGGGAAAGCUGCAACUGUUGAAGAUGUGGCCCAAGCUGCAUUGUUCCUUGCCUCAGAUGACACUGGAUUUAUAACAGCACAUAACCUCGUUAUCGAUGGUGGAUAUACUUCUGCUAUUAGUUCACUGAGUUUCAUCUACAAAUAGUAAAGAAUUGGGAGAAGAAAAAAAUAAAACAAAGACAAACUUUACCUGACGUCAAUUUUGUAGCUUUUAUUGUUAAAAACACCUUCAAUCAAACCAAAAUAGUUGUGCUAAAUCUAUAAUAGUAUCAAAUAUUGAGAAUCAAUACAGAAAGCAAAGAUUGUUACUUUAAAGGAAGCAAGUCUUUUAAUCCAACAAGAUGCAAACAAUUUAAUCCGACAUUUAAGGAUGGCAAAUAAUUGAAAACCAUGCAGUAUUAAUGUACAAUAUGCGAGAAUCAGCUAGAAAAUGAAUAUAACCCAAUAAGAUACAAGAUAGUUGGUUUCCAAAGUGGAAGGAUGUCCCUGUAUUGAGAUGCAUACAGUUUUUAUCUAAAACAACAUUUCAGCUUAAUUUCUCUCCAUACGAGAAGGAACUUUAGGAAGCCUUCUUCUGCUUGUACCUCGAAGCACAUAGGGUAUACACCAACAUGUUUAAGAAGCUGAGACCAGCCAAGAGCCAGAAGAAAUAGUCGAGAUGACCCUCGUUAAGGUUGUCCGAUAUCCAACCAAUCUGGCCAUCCUUUGUUGUGAAGUAAGUUACAAGAGUUAGAAUAAAAGAACUCAGGUAAUUGCCUAAAGAUGUAGUCAGAAGUGAAAGCGCACUACAUAAACUCCGCAUGGCAUCAGGGGACUGAUCAUAGAAGAACUCAAGCUGUCCGAUAAAUGUGCAGACCUCUGCAGCACCCAACAAGAAAUAUUGAGGUAUUUGCCAAAGAAUACUAAUGGGUACAGCGACCUGCUUAU